AUGGAGAACUUCUCACUCCUCAGCAUUUCUGGACCUCGAAUCUCUUCCUCUGCCCUGAGCACUUUUCCUGAUAUUAUGUCCUCACGUGCCACCAGCUUGCCAGACAUUGCAAAGACUGUGUUCCCCACUGAGGUGUCCAGCCCCGCUCAGGCCCUGCUGCCCCAGUACCAAGGCAGCAGUCUCCAGCAUGGGGUGCACAACAGCGUGCUCUCACCAGACUGCAUCUUGGGGGACCCCCAGAACGGGGAGCAGCUGAGGCGGAACUGCACCAUCUACCGGCCCUGGUUCUCCCCUUACAGCUACUUUGUGUGCACGGACAAAGAGAGCCACCUGGAGACCUACAGUUUCCCAGAGGUGCAGCGGGACGAGGGCAGGGGGGACAACUGCCUUCUGGAGGACAUGGCUGAGAGCAUCUGCUCGUCCUCUUCCUCCCCAGAGAACGUCUGCCUCCGAGAGGCCACCAAGAAAUCCAGGCACGGCCUGAACUCCAUGGACUACAUCACAUCCCAGGAUAUCCUCACAGCCUCCAGGUGGCACCCUGUCCAGCAGAGCGGCUACAAGUGCGCAGCCUGCUGCCGCAUGUACCCAACGCUGCACUCGCUCAAGAGCCACAUCAAGGGGGGCUUCAAGGAGGGCUUCAGCUGCAAGGUGUACUACCGCAAGCUCAAAACCCUCUGGGGCAAGGAGCAGAAGGCCCGGCCAGGAGACAGGCUCUCCUCGGGCAGCUGCCAGGCCUUCAAGUAGCGUGUCGGCAGCUGUCUUGCUGGUGGACACUUCAGGUAAAGAGGGGCUGCUGCUUAUUUAUGUCUCUAGAGAGAUGUCAAUAAACCAAAGUUAGUGACAGCCUU